UGAAGUACCUCAACGCCUACACCGGGACCGUGCUCCUGCGGUGCCGCAAGGACUCCUACAGACUGCUGUGCUCCGCGCUCCCCUUCGUGAGGCAGCUGGAGAGCCGGGCCCAGCGGUACCCCUGCUUCCUCAACACCCUGCACGUCGGAGGUACUAUAAGAACGUGUCAGAAAUUUCUAAUUCAGUAUAAUAGAAGACAGCUGCUGAUGUUGUUGCAAAACUGUACAAAUGAAGAGGAAAGACAGUGUAUACAGAAGUCCUUGCUGAGCUGUUCCAUUACAGAAGAGCAGUCUCACAGUGGAGAUGAGGAAGAUGAUGAUGGCACAGAGACAGACUGA